UACAGAAGCUGCAAUUUGCAGGUUGAUUUAUGCCAUGGUUGCUUGUUCAAACGUGUAAACCAUAUGCGUUAAAUUGAUAACAACAACAAAAAACUUCUUGGAUUGAAUGCGUUAGAAUACUUGGCAAAAGAUGCUGUGGCGUUCUGCCAUGUGUUUUUGUUAUGGCACAGUAAUGGACAAGCACCUCAUGUAGCCCAAGCUACUUGGAAAAAUAAUUUCCCAUUGUAUUGGCUACUCCCAAAUCACUGGGCAGGAUCUCUUGGUAGGAGGACUAUAAUGAAGAAAAGAGGAAGGCGUGCGCGGCUGCCAGAUGCGUCUUGCCAGACAUCCCCGGCGCAAACUGUCGUUACGGUGGUCAAAAAACCUGGGAGGAGAGGGAGACCCAAGAAUGCUCUUAGAGCUGCACAGUCAUCGGUCUCUAGUGAAGGAGAUCUGGGUAAAGGGGACGUGUCUGAUUUACAAUCAAACGCUUGGUUGGCUGCUAAGACAGAGACAAACGAGCAGCCGGUGAACCGACCCAAACCUACUGGGGCAGGCCGAGUGUCUACCUCAUUUUGUCGUCUUUGUCAUGGGAAGUUCUCACCGCGGAGGCUGCGGCAUGCCUUCGACCGGUGGCCAGGGAGGUCUCUUCAGGAACCCGACCCCCAGACAGAGUUGGCUGGACAGUCUCCUCUGCUCUUCCACUCAGACUUCCAGCGUCUGGUGGGAGUUCCGUUGGUCCGCGAUCCCCAGCUCCCACAGUUUGUGUGCAAGAACUGUCACACCAAGUUCUACAAGUGCCACAGGAUCCUGCUCACCUUCCUGCAGAGGGUCAACCACCAGCCUGGGGUGGGGGAGGGUCCCAGAGACCGGAAGAAUCAACAUUGUUCUCAGUCGGCAUCAGUGGACAACAGCAUGACAGCUCCCUCCAUGCCCUCGGACCCCCAGUGUCUUCACGGCCUGGUGUCUUGGGCGCACCACCACGGCGAGGCCUGCAGUUCCUGCCCCAGCCUGAAAGAGGUGCUAGAGGGGCAGUGCUGGGGCUCUGUCAAGGCAGUCUGGGGCUGCGUGGACGGGCACAGCUUUGUGAUGGACACCCAGACCGCCCAGCCCAGAGCCAACCCCGGACACACAGUGACCCGCGGAGGUGAUUGUGGUGGGGGCUCAUUACUGGACGGAGAUUGUCAUUGGAGAGGCGAUGGAGCUCCUGAAGUGAUCGCCUCCACCCUGACCCAACCCAGCCCUGCAGCCACCCCCCAGACCCAGAGCUCCAUGCAGUUUGACACCACCACCACCAGAACGGAUGACUUCCUGGGUAGCGAGGAGACGCCGUCCCCUGUAGCCCCUCCUCUGGAGGACAGGACGGGUGACAGCGACUUCUCAGACAGAGAUGGGUCGAGCGAUGAGUUUGAAGGUGACCGGAGGAAGGACGAGGAUGUUGAGCUGUUUCAGCCAUACCCAGAGAAGAGAGUGGCCGCGCCCAGGAAGAAGAGAAGCGCAGCAAAGCCUCCGAUGGAGCCGAAAGAGAAGAAGAAACCAGGUCCCAAGCCAGGCUGGAAGAAAAAGUUCAAGUUAGAGAGCCUUCACCAGGACGUAAAACAGGAAGUAGAGGAGCUGCCCAACAUCUACAAAUGUCCAUACCAAGGCUGCACAGCUGUGUAUCGAGGAGCAGAUGGGAUGAAGAAGCACAUCAAAGAGCACCAUGAGGAGGUGAGGGAGCGGCCAUGCCCCCACCCUGGCUGCAACAAGGUCUUCAUGAUCGAUCGCUACCUUCAGAGACACGUCAAACUCAUACACACAGAGGUGAGGAACUACAUCUGUGACCAGUGUGGCCAGACCUUCAAGCAGAGGAAGCACCUGUCUGUCCACCAGAUGCGCCACUCGGGAGCCAAGCCACUACAGUGUGAGGUGUGUGGUUUCCAAUGCCGCCAAAGGGCCUCCCUGAAAUACCACAUGACCAAACAUAAGGCAGAGGCCGAUCUGGACUUUGAGUGCGCCAUGUGUGGGAAGCGCUUUGAGAAGGCCCACAACCUCAACGUCCACAUGUCCAUGGUGCACCCCCUUACCCAAGGAGGGAGCAGCUCCUCCUCUCUCCCCCAGGACCCCCUUGUCCAGACCAUCUCAGCCACAGGGGAACUAGUGGCCCAGUUUAAUAACAGCUUGCACCCUCCACCUCAGAGCCUUGAGCACAAAUGGCAAUGACUCCCAUGGGUGGGGGUUGA